UAUAAGAGACAUGGCCGCGUUGACGGUGGAGAACUUCGCCGCGCUCCAGAGCCUGCUGAAGGCCUCCUCAAAAGAUGUUGUCAGACAGCUGUGCCAAGAGAGCUUUUCCAGUUCAGCCGUUGGCUCAAAAAAACUCUUGGAUAUGACAUGUUCCAGCUUGUCUGUGACCCAGGAGGAAGCAGAGCAGCUGCUCCAGGCUCUGCACCGCCUCACCAGGCUGGCCGUGUUCCGUGACCUGUCCUCUGCCGAGGCGAUCCUGGCUCUCUUUCCUGAAAAUUUCCACCAAAACCUCAAAAACCUGCUGACGAAAAUCAUCCUGGAACACAUCUCCACUUGGCGAACUGAAGCCCAAGCAAAUCAGAUCUCUCUGCCGCGCCUAGUCGACCUGGACUGGAGAGUGGACAUCAAAACCUCCUCUGACAGCAUCAGCCGCAUGGCCGUCCCCACCUGCCUGCUCCAGAUGAAGAUCCAGGAAGAUCCUAGUCUGUGUGGAGACAAGCCCUCCGUCUCAGCUGUCACCGUGGAGCUGAGUAAGGAAACGCUGGACACUAUGCUGGACGGGCUGGGCCGCAUCCGAGACCAGCUUUCCGCCGUGGCCAACAAAUGACCCCAGCCAGCCGUCGCCCCCACUGCCGGGUCCCAGCUGCCGGCCAGCAGCGGAGCGCCUCCCGGCCGUCCCUGUAGCAGCAGCUUCGGCCGACGGCAGGCUGGCCGGUUGGGUCGGGGAGGGGGCUGCCAUCCAGAAGGCACCGCUGGAUUGGGAGGAAGCGGCCGCGCCCCCACGCUGUUCUCCUCACUCAUUAUCUUCGCCUCUUUCCGAGGCAGAAGCCUCCGUCGCCGGAAGACUUAAUCGCCGCCGGAGCCGUGUGAGGGGGCAUCUGCCUCAGCAGCUUCGCGUGUGGCUGCUUGGAAAAUCCGGGCCCCGUUGUGGAGCUCAUCUAACGAGCUCCUUCCCAGCAGCAGGUGUGACUCACGUGUUGGCAGCCCUGGAACACAGGGCGGUGACCUGCAGUUCCGCCCCUCCGUUAGGGAAGCUGGCCGGGUCCCCAGAGCGGGGCCACCUCGGUAUGCUCCGCCCCGGCCUACGCUCAGAGCCCUCCCGAGCCCCCUCAACCCUGCCGGCCCUCCUUCCAGCGUAGGGAGUCUGAGAUGGCUGCCCGUCUCCUCCCUCGCACAGCCAGAGGGCCCUUCCUUGGCCGUUCCAGGCUACAGACGUGGGAAUGACUGGAAAUAAAUAACAGUUCUGAAAACUUCAUGACUCUAGUCAUGCUCCUCGAAGCUUCUGUCCUCAGCCCGAGUUGUUGCCUCAGGCCAGUGCUGCCUCAUGUUCGUAAAGAUGAUCCCAACUUUGCAAUUCCCAGCUAAGCCCGUGGGCAUGGCGUGACCUGAAACCAGGCUUGGGACCCUCCCACGUUCCCGGUUUGUCUGUCAUGCAGAGCAAAGGAAAGCGAGGUUGACAGUAUCUGCCCGUUAAGAGCUAGCGUGGAUGUGCCCCUUAGAGCUGAGCCAUCCCUGGCACGUGCCUGUCACAUCCCAGGGACCCCUGUGUGAGGCUGCUGCCUCGCCAUCCACAUCACCCCACGGCAGCAGCACCCGGCCUGCCGAGUGCCCGUUUUGACGGCUUCUGGGCAGUGUGUGAAUGCGGGGUGGGGGCAGGUGGAACCCAGGGGAGAGACGAUGGGCCCCGUCAGGCUGCCAGGGUCGGAAGCCAGCUCUGCCUCAGUGACGAGGUGUUUGACCUCCGGGUCUCAGACCGCCUAAAUGGGGAUACUAAAGUACCCACUCUGCAGGGCUUUUGUGAAGAAAGGCUCGGUCACGUUAGCGCUGAUUAUUAAAGGAAAGGGAGGUGGACGGCUGUCUGCUGCCAUCGCUUCAUCUGCUGUGGCAGGGCUGAUGGACGGCACAUGUCACCAGUGGGGAAAUCCGCUCCGUGAAGUCCAGUCGCCUGCCGGGAAGCGGCCUCCUUGGGACCUGGGCCCAGAUCUGUCUCGCUUUCUGUCUACCACACGGGACUCUGCAAGGGAGGUGGAGGUCUGUGACUUUGGCUCCACUCGGAAAGUGCUGGAACUGAAGGAGAGAUGAGAAAACUCACUGCUGAGACACUAGGAAUGUCAAGAAAAAAAAUCCCCAGCUCCUCUUUGCUGUUUCCUGGAAGCUGAGCAAACUUCUCUUAAAAUGGCAGUUCUUGACUUCGUGGCGGCUGUAUCCAUUGACUGUGGAUCCUUUCUGUAGGAAAUGAAUAUUCCAUGGUUUACAGUCAGUGACAGGGCUUCAUGGACCCUGGAAGCCAGCCCACUGUUUCCAGAUUGAGAGCCCCUGAUCAUAGGUUGAAUUCAGCCUUGUGAAUUCAACCCCUCUGUGUCCCUUUUGGUCCCUGUGACUCACAGUGUUCUCCCAAUCCCUGUUCUCUGGACCUCCCAUGGGAAGCCAAAACAAAAUCACUUGAAGCAGCGUAGGUGUCUGGGCCUUUGGAUGUUCCUUUAGUCACGUUGACCUGAACAGAACCAUCUGGGCGCAUUCCAUAUGGAGGGCAUUCAAUAAAUAACCGGAAAAUUCAA